AUGGUGUUGCCCUUCAGCAUUUCCUACGAACAUCUGAAACGCAAUCCAAGACCGGUCGAUGUAUUCGUCUUCUUCUUUGACCAGGAAGCAAAGCUAGGGUACUACAGUGAAAUGCAGUCGCAAAAGCUCAAGACCCCACCCGCCGAGUCGAAGGAAAAGAAGAACCUAACUGCAAAGUUCGGCAGAGUCAAGAAGAUAGUCAAGGUCAUGCUUAUGAACGUAGGGUCAUAUCCAAGCAAGAAACCAUCAGACCCCCAACUGCUAGCGAUUUGGCAGGAAAAUCUAUUGGAGUUAGGCAGACAGGGAGAAAACAACCUCUAUGCGUCAAUCGACAAAGUGAAAAGCAUCCCCUUCGACAAAUUCCAUGUAUCCCAUGUGCUAACCAAUCUCAAAUUGAUCAACCACCGCAACCUGAAGCUCCCGUCGAAUACACCAGCAGAGGAACUUCAAUUCUUUAACAAGUAA